UUUCAUACUCACAGCCAUUAGAUCCAGAAAUUUCACUAUCGAUUUAUUCGUUAGUUUAGCCGAACCCUAACCAUAAAACAUCUUAUAAUCUGUGACAAAUGUGCUGAUAAUAAAUUAUUGUGAUUUUGAUACAUGCAGUGCUUCUAAAUUAAAUGGGUGGUGUGGUACAACAGGGAUGUGUGAAAAAUCGAAUCAGAUCGUUUGUAAUAUUAGAUUUAGAAACAACAGGCCUGCCAUAUGACAAACCCGUUAAAAUAACGGAAAUAUCAAUGGUUGCUGCAUUGAGAGAACAUAUAACUGAAUAUAGAAAUGGUCUAAUAAAUGGAGUUGCUGUGCCUAGAGUAUUGUCUAAGUUAUCUAUUUGUAUCUCCCCAAGAAGAAGAAUUUCAAAACGUGCGUCUGACAUUACACACUUAACCAAUGAACUAUUAGAGCAUCAGAAUCCAUUUGAUGAACAUCUCUUCAAUAUGUUAAAUGGCUUUAUGAAAAGAGUACCACAACCAGUGUGCAUAAUUGCUCAUAAUGGUCUUCGAUUUGACUUCCCCAUCCUCCAAGCGGAACUGUUCAAGAUUGGCAAGGCAUUUCCUGACCACAUUAUGUGCGCUGAUUCCCUAUGUGGCUUCCGGAACCUGCUGCAAGCCUGCAAAUCCACCACACCAGAAGUUGAUACUUCUGAGAUAACUGAAGGAAAAAGGGGUUGUUUAAAUGUUUCCUGUCCAACACAGAAGAGACUCAAUUUGCUUUCAAAGGAAAAACUGCAAAACACAUUAAGUAGCUUUAAACUUGAUGAUGUUUACAGGUUCCUCUUAAAGAGGGAUCCUGUGAACAGUCACUAUGCAGAGAAUGAUGCCCUGAAUCUUCUGGAAUGCAUUGUGGCAUUAGGAAACGGUUUCAUGGAAUGGGCAGAUGAAAAUGCCAUUCAAUUUAAUAGCAUAAAAGAGAUGGGAUAAAGCAACUUUUAAUUUUUUCACAAAAUACUGUGCACUGAAGUUCUGUUUUUCUGCAAAUUAAUUAAUUGAUUACUUUCACUUUCUAAAUAUUUUGCCACCACUUUUGUUAUCAUUUUAGGUAUGAGAAAGUUUAAUACUUAUAAAUUACAUAAGUUAAUCCCAUUUGCAUGUGAAAUUCAAAUGGUAUAUUGUAUGUAUGCAAAUAUAGGCUGUGUAUAUAAGCCACAUCUGACUUUAAGAGAAAAAUAAAAAGGAGACAUUUAUAAGCCAUA